CCGAACCCGAGCAUGACCUUCUGUCUCCUGGGGGCGGUACCGAGAGGCCAGGGAUGAUCUGCCCUGACUCCCAGACGCGAGAGAUCGCAAGCACAUCCCAGAAAGUGCAGUGUGGGUCGCUCUGAUUUCUCUGGACUUGGCUCAGAGAGUCCGGCUGUAUCAAAGAUGGUCUGGCAGAGCUGGUGGCCUGGAGAUCUAAUGUCACAAUGAGGACUCACACUCGGGGAGCCCCCAGUGUAUUUUUCAUACAUUUGCUUUGUUACAUUGUGGUUUACUGCACAGAAAAGGACAUAAAUACACAAAUACCAUUCCUUAAUGCAAAAUAUGAUGGCUAUCCCAUGCUAUACUUCUCCAAGGGUGAGAUGGAAACACUUCGAGCCCAGGCAGCGAGCAGCCAUCAGCACAUUUCUGCAAGAAUUAAUGAGGCAGUUCAUGUAAUGCUGACCAACCCUAGUGAGUACCUUCCCCCAUGGGAUCCAAAGGAGUUUUCUGCUCGAUGGAAUGAAAUUUACGGCAACAACCUUGGUGCGCUGGCAAUGUACUGCGUUUUGAAUCCAGAUAACACUGAAGCACUUGGCCUGGCCAGAGAAUAUAUGGAAAGGAUGGCAGCUCAGCCUAGUUGGUUAGUGAAAGAUGCUCCAUGGGAUGAAGUUCCCUUGGCACACUCUCUGGUUGGCUUUGCUACAGCUUAUGACUUUCUUUACAACUCCUUUAGCAAGCAACAGAAGGUGAGGUUUCUAGAGGUAAUCGCCAACGCCUCCGUAAAUAUGUAUGAAACCUCAUUCAGGAGAGGAUGGGGCUUUCAGUACAUUCACAACCAUCAGCCCACCAAUUGUGUGGCCCUGCUAACUGGAAGUUUGGUCAUGAUGAAUCAAGGAUACCUGCAAGAGGCCUAUUUUUGGACAAAGCAAGUUCUGACAAUCAUGGAGAAGUCUAUAGUUCUAUUAAAUGAUGUGACAGAUGGCUCUCUCUAUGAGGGAGUGGCUUACGGCAGCUACACCACCCGAUCCCUUUUUCAGUACAUGUUUCUUGUUCAGAGACACUUCGACAUUAAUCACUUCGGCCAUCCUUGGCUAAAAGAGCACUUUGCAUUCAUGUACAGAACCGUACUUCCAGGCUUUCAGAGAACUGUGGCUAUAGCAGAUUCCAAUUAUAAUUGGUUCUAUGGACCUGAGAGCCAGCUGGUGUUUUUAGACAAAUAUGUCUUGAGAAAUGGAAGUGGUAAUUGGCUGGCUGAACAGAUUCAUGCAAACCGAGUGCAAGAAGGUCCUGGAACACCAGCUAAAGGACAGCGCUGGUGCACCCUUCAUACUGAGUUUCUUUGGUAUGAUGCAACUUUACAGUCUACUCCUCCACCUGAUUUUGGCACACCUCAGCUGCACUACUUUGAAGACUGGGGUGUAGUGACUUAUGGAAGUUCCCUACCUGCGGAAAUUAACAGACCUUUUCUUUCCUUUAAAUCAGGAAAGCUUGGAGGCCGUGCUAUAUUUGACAUUGUUCACAAAAAUAAGUACAAAGACUGGAUUAAAGGAUGGAGAAAUUUUAAUGCUGGACACGAGCAUCCAGAUCAAAACUCUUUUACAUUUGCUCCUAAUGGAUUUCCCUUUAUAACUGAAGCUUUAUAUGGACCAAAAUAUACUUUCUUAAAUAAUGCUUUAAUGUUCUCGCCUUCUGUGUCCGAGAGCUGCUUUGCUCCAUGGCAAGGUCAGGUAACAGAAGACUGUACUUCUAAAUGGCUAAAAUACAAACAAGGGGAAGCUGCAGACUCUCAAGGAAGGGUGGUAGCUGCUGUGGAAAAAUCUGGGGUUGUUUUUAUCAGGGGUGAAGGGGUUGGAGCCUACAGUCCUAACUUGAAAUUGAAAAGUGUUCAAAGAAAUCUUAUCCUGCUACAUCCACAGUUGUUACUUCUUGUAGACCAUAUUCACUUAGACCGUGGCAGCACUCUGGAAGCAACUUCCAGCUUUUUCCACAAUGUGGAUAUGCCUUUUGAGGCAACCUCCAUUGAUAGUGUCCAUGGAGCAAUAAUUAGGCACAGAGAUGGAAUGUAUAAGAUGUACUGGAUGGAUGACACUGGUCAGAGUGAGAAAGCAGUCAUUGCUUCAACUUCUUACCCACAGGGUUAUCCAUACAAUGGAACUAAUUAUGUGAAUGUCACAACAUACCUCAGGAAACCUAUCACAAGAGCCAUAUAUGUUUUUAUAGGACCUUCUGUGGACGUUGAGAGCUUUAGUGUCCAUGGAGAUUAUCAGCAAGUUGAUGUGUAUCUUGCUACCAGUGAACAUGCAUAUGCUGCUUACAUUUUCACAGGAGAAACACCUAGCCAGUCCAUCUAUGCUAAAGUCGUUGCAGAUAGACAGAAAUUUGUCUUUGACAAGACCUCCUCCAUCGGGAGCUCUUCUCCAGAGGAAGUUAAAGAUUAUUCUGCGAUUGUAGAGCAGAAUCUCCAGCACUUUAAGCCGGUUUUUCAGGAAAUGGAGAAGCAAAUUCUGUCUCAUGUUAAAAACACGGCCAGCUUUAGAAAGACAGCUGAACGUCUGCUUAGGUUUUCAGAUAAAAGAAACACGGAGGAGGCUAUUGAAAAAAUAUUUUCAGUAUCUCAGCAACAGAAGCAGCAAGGCAAAACCAAAAAAAUCAGGAAGGCCACAAGAAAUGACAAAUUUAUAAAUGCUGUACCAGAUUUAUUUGCACAAAUAGAAGUCAAUGAGAAGCAGACGCGCCAAAAAGCUAUGGCUCUGGCACAGAGUGAACUUCCAGUCAAUGAAGAAGAAGAAAUGAAAGACCUUUUGGACUUUGUAGAUAAACCUCAAGUCAAGCAAAAAUCUGUUUCUGUUAGCAAACAUGUAUCCCCUCACAUGUUAACGACUUUCCACAGCGGGACUUCUAUUUCGGACUCCUACACCAGACUGUUUUUAAUUCUAAACAUUUCCAUCUUCAUGGUCCUGUUAGUGCUACAGCUAUCUCGGUUCCUGAAGCCAAAGGGUAUGCAACAGAAAAGAUGUCUGUAUGCUAUACUCACAUUGGAUUUUUGUAUAUUGAUGUGGCUGUAUUUAUCAUGUUAUCAGUCUCAAUGUUAGAUGGCAGACAUGUCAAAUUGCUUCAACUGUUAAGCAGUAAGUGUCUGGUGUAUACUUGAAAUGAAUGCUUAACAUAGCUGUAGGGCUACAAGUUUGCCUUCCCUUACAUCCGUGCUGAAACACACAAUGGCCAGUGUGUGGAGAGAGUCCGUAAUAUUCAAAUUCAUCUACAGCACAGAAAUUCAAAAAUCACUUUUUAGGGGGUUUAUAUUUUUAUAAAGAAAAGGGGUAUGAGAAGGAAAAGUGAAUAAAAUUGUAACUGUACCUACUCCUCUGUCAUGAAUAAAAUCAGUUUAUCAUAUUAAAGUAUAAUUUAAAUCA